GUUUGUUUAUUUUUUUGGUUUGUCUGUUUAUGUUUUCCAACAAGUUAAUUGUGACUGAAAUUUCAGAUGACGAAUUCACAACGACGUAUCGAUUUAGAUCGACUUUCACGAAAUGUAUCUGCAAAUAAAAACUUUGAAGAUUAUUCAACGGCAUUGUGUCAAAUUCAAAGAAAUUCCGCUUCAAGAUCGUUAAGCCGAAGAUUGGCUGAAGAAAAGAAAGAAAAAGAGAUAGAACAGCACUUGUUACAAGCUGAAGAAGAAUCUCGUCUCAAGGAAGAAAAAUUAAUUCAUGAUCAAAAAUUAGCUUGCGAGGAGUCUAAAAGAAUUCGUCAAGAAUACCACGAGCGUAAAUUACGACAACAGAUAAGAGAAAACAAUCAAGAAUUACGUGAACUUGAGUCAAAAUUAAGAACAGCUUAUGUUUCAAAAACCCUUGCAGCUCAGAAAAAAGAACUCGAAGCUUUAGCUCUUGCAGAAAAACUUCAACAGAAAGAGGAGAGAAAAAUGUUGGAAAAAGCUCGAUUAGAUCAUUUAGAGGAACAGAAAAAGAAACAGGAAAUUGAUCGUGAACGUAAAAAAAAGCUUCAUGACGAUCUCACGAAACAAAUUAUGUCUGCUCAUCAACAACAUCAGAAACUUUACGAGGAGUUCUUACGUGAAAAAUAUUAUCUUGAUGAGAUUGCUGCACGUGUCAAACAAGAGUUGUUGGAAGAAACACAAAAGAAGAUUGCACUUAAAGAGAAAACCAAGCAAGAAAUGGACGCUUUUAAAAUAACAAAAAAAGAACUCGAAAAAAUGCAAAAUAUAGAAACUGAAGAAGAAAAUCAACGAAUUAUCGAAUACUGCCAAUAUCGUGACAAAAAAAUACAGGAAGAAGAGAGACGUGCUAAGGAACUUGAAGAAAAUCGCAAGAAUCUCAACGAUAAAAUGGUUGCUGAACUUUCAGAACUAAACGAAAAGAAAGCUAAACGCGAGGAGCUUCUUCAAGAAUUGUGGGCGUUUGAACAAAACGAAAAAGUUGAAGAACGAAUGCGAGAACAACUUGAGUACAGGUUUAGAAUUCGCAUUGAAGCUCGUUUAGCUUUGGAAGAUCAAUUGAUGGAUAAAGAAAAAAGGAAGCAGCUUGAAGAACAAGAAGAUAAAAUUUAUUGGCAAAAGCAACUCGAAAUGCUUGCAGAACGUGACAGGGUUGAUCAAUUGUCACACGAAAAGCGCCGUCAAAAACUGAUACAGCAUCGAAAAGCAAUUAGGGAAAUGAUGGAAGAAAGAAAAAUACAAAAAGCUCUGAAUUUAGCGGAAGAAAUAAAACAACAAGACUUAGAACAGCAAAGAGAGCAACGACGGCAAGAAAUUGUUGAAGAAGAACGCGUUAAAAUCAUUCAAGAGCAUGCAAAAGCUCUGAUGGGUUUUUUACCCUCUGGCGUUUUACGUGAAAGUGACCGUAAGUAUUUGCCAAUGAAUUCCAAGAUUGAGUAAUUGAUACAAUUUUACGAAUAAUAAACCUUAGACGCGUAAUAAAAUGUUUAAACAAAAAAAAGGUAGCAUAUUGAGUACAUAAUAAAUAUGCAAAUAAAAAUUGCAAGAACAAAAAUUGAAGACCAUUAAAUUAAAUUAAGCUUAAAACACGGUUGAAAGAGUUUCACUGAAAUUCAGUGAAUUGAUGUUUUUAAGCUCUUAUUCAAAUAUGGAUCUCUUAAAUAAUUUUUAAUGUGGACUGAAUAAAAAACGUUAUUUGACCUUCCAGAAACUUUUCAUUUACAAUGAAGCUACUUCAUUAAAAUUGAUUACCCGAAAGGGAAGUAAACUUAGUAAGGAGAUGAUUCUAGGUCGAUCUUUUUAAUUCAAUGAACUGUUUUAUAGCUAAAACAAGAAAUUCUGC